CACUGCCGCCACUGUCGUCGUCGUUGUCACCGUUCGGCUGCGUGAUCUGUAUCGAGACCGGGAGACUGGAGAGGUGUGAUUUCCGUGUGCAUCGUCCAUCUCGUCCAUCUCAUUAACGCGUGAAUGCAACGCGUGGCGUGGCGUGAUAAAGACACGGGACCGGAGUCCUUAUCAGAGUUCGUCGGACUUGGCGCGCGAAUCGCGCGGCUGAUGAAACGGAGAGAGAGAGAGAGAGAGAGAGAAAGUAAUUGGCCAUUACAUGAGGUACGGCGCGGUUGCCGCUGCAGUUUCUACCAGUUCCGAUCGGCGAUGCUCCGUAUAAGUGUGAUUCCACGCUCGUCCAGCUUCAUACGGCGUCGCUUGUGAACGACAAUCGAGAUUUUCACCCUCGUUCUCACACAGAGGUACUAAGCGGCGAGUUGCGAAUUGAUCCGUUCGUUUCUCUCCCUUUCACCCGGCUAUUGCGGUCUGUCAUCUUUUCGGAGCUCUCGCAGUCGGCACGCGGUCGUUUCCUCUCUCUCUCUUUCUCACCUGUCAUCAGUGAGAGCCAGGUGCGCGUGCACUCGCAGAUUACGCUGACGUAGGCAAGAUGAACUACGGGGACAUGCCGAACGUGGAUCCUGCCAGGAGUCUGCGGAGGAUCGCCCGGCAUGAUGAGCCGGAAUUCAGCAACGCCAGUAUCUUGAAUAGCAUGGAGAAGUUCGUGCGCACCGUGAGCGAGAUGGAGGACACCAUCCUGGUACCUAGCCGUCUGCUGGAUCUGUCCGUGGGUGAUGCGGGUGAUACAAUCUGCAUGAAGGGCAAACGCGGCUGCACAGUGAAGGAUACCCUGGCUAACACCGACCUAUACCGUCUCUACAAUAUUAUUAACCAGAUGAAGAUCGAGUUACUGUGGUCGCAGGAGCCUACACGAGGCACUGUGGCGGACGAUCAAACGCCGAUUAAGAGUCAUCCGAUUGGUAGCCCAUCUGAACUGACACACCAUCAGACUAUAAGCAGUGGCAGACUCGGCCAUGUGCGUUGUCCCAGCACUACGUCUAUGCAGAGUGUACAAAGCGCGUCCUCGAUCGCCUGGACCUCCGACUCGGACUCUGAAAACGGCAUUGAAAUUGACAGCGGCCUAGAAGGUGAAGAAUGCGUAGUCGAUCUAGCAAGCAUCGCUGCCGAAAACUUUAAGCGUCAUCUGCGCGGUCUUCACAGCAGUAUCGCCCGUAUGACAGAGGCAGCUGAGUAUCUGACAUUGCGAUAUCAAGCCGAUGUAGGUGGGCAAGUCUGAUUCUCCGCCGGUACCAUUAUUAUCACCAUUGUUGUCGUCAUCGUCGCCGCCCGUACGUCACUGAUUGUGUUAGUUGGCAUUGCGAACAAAUAUCACGUCGUCACUUUGUCAUCGAUCUCAUGGACAUUUUGGCGAUUUUCGAUUUCCCGAGAUUGAUAACAGAAUUUCAGGAAACGCUGAUGAUGAAUCGCAAAAGAUUUUCUAGCGCAUUAAACUAAUCCAUAUCAAUUUGUUAUUUUAUUAACGUAUAAUUUACUGUAUUAAAAUACACUGUACACGAUUAGUUUAUGUGGAUGAUAAAGAUACGUUUCAAAAUAUAUUUGGGACGCGCGAUACGAGACAAUAAAUUGUCAUCGGAUAUAUAGAAUUUUGCAUAAAUAAACUAUUAAUUCCCAAAUAGAAUUGAGAAAUUACAGAUAAGAUACUCGUAUCAUUUUUGGCAUAACAUUAGAAAAGAAAAACGACUAAUCCAGGCUUUGGUUUUCCUUAUUGCCAUUUGUGCGGGUUCGAGUUUUGACGAUGGGUGUUGCCUGCCGUAAACGAAUAGAGGCUUUCGAGAUGACAUGCAUAAAAUGUUAUAGUUAUAUGGAUAGUAAGAAGAACGGAUAACUCCAUCUUGAGAGAAUUGGGAAUUAAUACGAAUAAGUAUUUAUUUUCAACUAUCCAAAUGUAAAUUCUUAAAUUUUUCGGUCAUCUUGUUAGACGAAAUAUUAUCGAGAAACUCGUAAUUCAAAGGAAGGUGAUAAACAGCGACAGGACGUUUCUCAAUUCAAUAUAUUGACUAAAUAAAAACUUUUACGAAUAUGCCGCUGAAGGACAUGAUGCAUUUAGCAUAACUUAGCGGAGGAUUGUGAGACAUGGCAGGUUAUUGCUCACAGGACUGCAAAGUUACGACAUUCG